AUGCAGAUGGAUACACAUUGGUUUAUUUUCUACAAUGUUAGCUGCAAGUUGAUGAUUGACAUGAUAACUCAUAUGAAAAAAGAGUAUGAACAUUAUAAAAACUAAAACACUAACAUGUAAUUAAUACAAUUCAAAAAACUAUAAUAAUUGUUUACAGAGAUUUAUUUUUAAUGGUCCUGA